CCGGGACAGCGAGGGCAGCGCCCGGGCAGGCCGAAUGGCCGCAAUGCUGGCCAUCAGGGUGGUCGUGGGGCUGGCGGCAGCGGCGCUGGCGGCCGUGCUCCUGGAGCACUAUGGCCUGGCCGGUCAGCCCUCGCCGCUGCCCCAACCCCGCGCCUCCCGGAGCCCACACCCCGCACCGGGCCCCGGAGCCAGCAACAUCUUCUGGGGGCUGCAGAUAUCCGACAUUCACCUGAGCAGGUUUCGUGAUCCAGGCAGAGCUGUAGACUUAGAGAAGUUCUGUUCAGAAACUAUUGGCAUCAUUCAACCAGCUCUCGUCCUGGCAACAGGAGACCUGACUGAUGCCAAAACAAAGGAACACUUGGGAUCCAGGCAGCAUGAGGUAGAAUGGCAAACUUACCAGGGUAUUCUGAAGAAGACAAGGGUCAUGGAAAAAACGACGUGGCUCGAUGUUAAAGGAAAUCAUGAUGCAUUCAACAUUCCAAGUCUGGAGAGUGUCGAGAAUUAUUACAGGAAAUAUUCUGCCGUACGUAGGGAUGGCUCUUUCCAUUAUGUCCACAGUACUCCCUUUGGCAACUAUUCUUUCAUCUCUUUGGAUGCCACCCCAAAUCCAGGGCCUAAGAGACCCUAUAAUUUCUUUGGAAUUUUAGAUGAGAAGCAGAUGGAGGAACUUCUGUUACUGGCCAAGGAGAGUAGUCGGAGUAACCACAGUAUUUGGUUUGGUCACUAUACAACAUCCACUAUCCUUUCUCCAUCACCUGGAAUUCGGUCAAUAAUGAGUUCAGCUACAGCGUAUUUGUGUGGGCACCUCCAUACUCUUGGUGGACUGAUGCCUGUUUUGCACACUCGUCACCUCCAGGGCACUUUGGAACUUGAGGUGGGAGACUGGAAGGAUAACAGAAGGUACCGGAUCUUUGCUUUUGAUCAUGACCUCUUUAGCUUUGCAGAUUUGGUCUUUGGCGAGUGGCCUGUGGUUCUUAUCACUAAUCCUAAGUCACUCCUAUAUAGCUGUGCCAGACAUGAACCACUAGAAAGACUUCUUCAUUCAACACACAUCAGAGUCUUGGCCUUUUCCUUAUCCUCCAUUACUUCUGUCACAGUUACGAUUGAUGGAGUUCAUUUAGGGCAAGCUAUUCAUUUAUCUGGUCCUAUUUUCAUACUGAAGUGGAACCCAAGAAACUAUAGUAACAGGACACAUAACAUAGAAGUAACUGUCCAGAAGAAACUCGGGGAGGAUGUGAAAGGAAUUAUGACUGGGGAUGAACUCUUAAUAUCCCUUCUAUCAGAAGUUGGAUCAUUGAAAGAAAACCUGAAGGAUUCUGCUGGAAGAAGUAAGAGUGUUCACCACCUAUUUUCUGUUCAAGAGGAUAUUCAUCUCAGAUUUGAUCCCCUGGCAUCAUUUAUUCUCCUUACUGACCAUUGCAUCGUGGCACAAGGCGAUCCCAAUGAUGAGCUGGAGUCCAUACUUUGAGAAACCAGAACCUAGAUUAUGUCUCUUCACUGUGAGUUAAUCUCCAAGUGAAUGCCACCCUGACGGAGAAAGCAAACGAAAAUGCGGCCUCAGUUCACUCAGCCUGCAGUGCACUAUGUACUGUUUUUCUUUACUCUUCUACAACUUGAAAUAAAACCAAUUAUACUUCUAGUACAGUGAAGUUGGACUGUUUUAAUUUGAUCACUUUAUAUAACUAUGAAUUACUUUGUUUCAGUAUUGGUCUCAGUAUCCAAAUUCUAAAAGAGCAAUGCUGAGGCAAUUUAUUUUAUUUAUUUAUUU